AAAAAUACAACUCUACAGUAUACAGUACAAGUAUCUACAGUAGAAUUUGAGAUAAAGCAAAAAUCUAACUCUAUCCUCAUCUUCCUUUAGGUGGCAGAUAAUGGAAAACCACCGUUGUCAUCUUUGACUUACAUUGAUAUUAGAGUUAUUGAGGAAAGCAUUUAUUCUCCAGCAAUUCUGCCUCUAGAAAUCUUUAUCACAGCCUUUGGGGAAGAAUAUUCAGGUGGUGUCAUUGGAAAAAUUCAUGCAACCGAUCAAGAUGUUUAUGAUACUCUGACAUACAGUCUGGACCCCAAAAUGGAAUCCUUGUUCUCCGUUUCCAGUACUGGUGGCAAACUAAUAGCACAUAAAAGGUUAGACAUAGGACAGUACCUCCUAAAUGUCACUGUUACAGAUGGAAAAUUUACAACUGCAGCUGAUAUUACUGUACACAUCAGACAAAUCACACAAGAUUUAUUAAAUCACAGCAUUGCAAUACGCUUUGCAAACCUUGCCCCUGAAGAAUUCAUCGGUGAUUACUGGCGCAAUUUCCAGAGAGCUUUAAGAAACAUCUUGGGCGUGAGGAGAAAUGACAUCCAGAUUGUUAGUUUGCAGCCUUCUGAUCCUCCUUCAAAUCUUGAUGUCCUCCUGAGUAUUGAAAAGUCUGGUAGCUCUCAGCACCCAAUGAGAAUUUUGCUCCACAAGAUAAACUCUUCUGUGCCUGACCUAGAGGAGAUUUUAGGUGUCCGGAUAAUUGAUGUUUUCCAUAAGCUUUGCGCAGGCCUAGAUUGUCCUUUGAAAUUUUGUGAAGAAAAAGUAACAGUGGAUGAAAACAUCAUGUCAACCCACAGCACAGCCAGGUUGAGUUUUGUCACUCCCCGUCAUCACAGAACAGCAGUUUGUCUUUGUAAAGAAGGGAAAUGCCCCCUGGUGAAUAGUGUGUGUGAAGGAAACCCAUGCCCAGAAGGUACCGAAUGUUUAGGAGAUCCAAAGGAAGGAAAAUACACCUGUGUUUGCCAAGACAGCAAAGCUGGACAGUGUCCUGCUGGCUCUGCUGUGACAUUUACUGGGAGCAGCUAUGUGAAAUACCGUCUCAUGGAAAAUGAGAACAAAGAGGAAAUGAAGCUGACGAUGAGACUUAGAACUUACUCUGCUCAUGCAGUUGUUAUGUAUGCUCGAGGAACAGACUACAGUAUCUUAGAGAUUCACCAUGGAAGGCUGCAAUAUAAAUUUGAUUGUGGCAGUGGACCUGGGAUUGUCUCCGUUCAGAGCAUUCAGAUUAACGAUGGCCAGUGGCAUUCAGUAUCUCUUGAAGUGGACGGAAAUUACGCACGACUUGUUCUGGAUAGGGUGCAUACUGCGUCUGGUACUGCUCCUGGUACACUUAGAACACUAAACCUAGAUAAUCACGUGUUUUUUGGUGGUCAUAUUCGGCAGCAAGGUACAAGACAUGGUAGAAGUCCUCAGGUUAGCAAUGGUUUCAGAGGCUGUAUGGAUUCUGUUGUACUUAAUGGACAAGAGCUGCCCCUAAACAGUAAGCCACGAAAUUAUGCACACAUGGAAGAAUCUGUAGACGUGACUCCUGGAUGCCUACUGACUACCACAGAAGGUUGUUCAAGCAGCCCAUGUCAGAAUGGAGGCAUCUGCAAUGCACUGUCAAAUGGAGGUUACUACUGCAAGUGUGCACCUUUGUUUAUGGGAACUCACUGUGAUGUAAGCGUCAACCCGUGUGCUUCCAACCCCUGCCUUUAUGGUGGUACUUGCAUCCCGGUCAGUGAUGAUUUUAUCUGCCAGUGCCGAGGACAAUACACAGGCCAAAGGUGCCAGCUGGGUCCAUAUUGCAAAGACAAUCCUUGUAAAAACAGUGGCAAGUGUAUCGACAGUUUGGAUGGACCUGUUUGUGAGUGUGAAGCAGGCUUUCGUGGAGAAAGGUGCCUGACUGAUGUUGAUGAAUGCAUAGAAAACCCAUGUCUGAAUGGUGCCCUUUGUGAGAAUACUUAUGGUUCAUAUCACUGCAAUUGUAGCCGUGGAUUUGGAGGAAAACACUGCACAGACAUUGUUCUUAACAAAUAUGUUUCAACAUCUUGGAACAUUAGCUUAGCUGAAGUGAUUGGGAUUAUUGUUUUCAUCGCAGGAAUAUUCUUGUUAGUUGUGAUUUUUGUUGUUUGCCGCAAAGUGAUUAGUAGAAAGAAGAAGCACCAGCCAGAACCUGAAGACAAGCAACUGGGGGCUAACACAGCUUUCUUGCAAAGACCUUAUUUUGAUGCAAAAUUGAAUAAGAACAUCUAUUCUGACAUCCCACCACAGGUUCCUGUUCGUCCCAUUUCGUACACUCCAAGCAUUCCAAGCGACUCCAGGAACAAUCUGGACAGGAAUUCUUUUGAGGGAUCUGCUAUCCCUGAGCACCCAGAGUUUAGUACUUUUAACCCAGAUUCUGUACAUGGUCACCGGAAAGCUGUAGCUGUUUGCAGUGUAGCACCAAAUUUGCCACCUCCACCUCCCUCCAACUCUCCUUCAGACAGUGAUUCAAUACAGAAACCCAGCUGGGAUUUUGACUAUGACACUAAAGUAGUAGAUCUUGACCCCUGCCUUUCAAAAAAGCCUCUGGAUGAAAAGAACUCCCAUCCUUAUAGUGCUAGAGAAAGCAUGUCUGAGGUCCAGUCUCUCAGCUCCUUCCAGUCUGAAUCAUGUGAUGACAACGAAUCUUUUGCUGUUCCUGACCUCAGCAAUUCAAGAGGUUAUCACUGGGAUACAUCAGACUGGAUGCCAAGCGUUCAGUUGCCAGGUAUCCAAGAGUAUCCAAAUUACGAAGUGGUUGAGGAGUCAGCUCCCCUCUACACUGAUCCAAAUGCCCUCGAUACAGACUAUUACCCUGGCGGUUAUGACAUAGAAAGUGAUUUUCCACCUCCACCUGAUGACUUCCCUGCAUCUGAUGAGCUUCCACCAUUACCACCAGAAUACAGCGACCAGUUGGAGUCAAUACAGCCACCCAGAGACAUGCCAGCCAUAGGUAGCUUGGGUUCUUCUACAAGAAGCAGGCAGAGAUUUAACCUUAAUCAGUACCUUCCCCAUCACUAUCCUGCAGACAUGUCAGAACCUCAGACCACAACCAGUGGUGUCAACGGCAGUUACAGAGAACCUUAUGCUCCUUACACGUUAGGGUACAAUAGAGACUUUGAAGCACCCGCUGUAGACAACAUGUCCAUGUCUGUGUAUGCUUCCACAGCUUCAUGCUCUGAUGUGUCAGCAUGCUGUGAAAUGGAGUCUGAAGUCAUGAUGAGCGACUAUGAGAGUGGAGACGAUGGUCAUUUUGAAGAUCUGAAAAUUCCUCCACUUGACUCCCAGCAACAUACAGAAGUCUGA